UCUCUAUGUACAUGCGAGACUGAGGAGAGUGGAGCUGGGUGGCCACCGGUUUGAUUCAGCGUUAAAAACUAAGAAAUCGACUGCGACUGCAUUCCGGCCGGGAGGAAAUGGCCGCCGGCGACGAAGCAGAUGCUCCGGCAAGCAAACGCCUCAAAACACUAGAGCCGCCGCCGCUGCUUCAAUCUUCGUCGUCCGAUAAGGGGAAGUCCAAAGUGGAAAUCUCGGAGUCGGAGGGCGAGGAAUCGGAAAUCUGCUGCGGGAUUUGCCUGUCGGAAGCCGGGCAGGGCUCCGCCAUAAUUCAAGGAUGCAUCGACAGCUGCGAGCAUUUCUUCUGCUUCUUGUGCAUCAUGGAGUGGUCCAAGGUUGAGUCCAGAUGCCCCAUAUGCAAGGCCCGAUUCUCCGCCAUCCGCCGCCCUCCCAAACCCCCCGUCUUCCCUUCCGAGCGCGUUGUUCGCGUCCCUCUUCGCGAUCAGGUUUACAAUUAUUUUGGAAAUUUGACAACUGGGUCAUUUGAUCCAUAUUCAGAAGUUCAAUGCAAUGUGUGCCAUAGCUCUGCUGAUGAUUGUCUUCUUCUACUGUGUGACCUUUGUGAUUCUGCUUCUCAUACUUACUGUGUUGGUCUUGGUGCCACUGUCCCUGAGGGUGACUGGUUUUGCUCAGACUGCAGUCUUCUGAGGACUGAACAUGCCAAAACUGACACAAGUGCUGAUUGUGAUAAUCAACUUAAAUCUGCUGCAUGCCAUGGCCAGAUAUCUUCAACAGGGGAAGUUGUGUCUAUUUAUGAGAUUGUUCGAGAACCACAAACCAGCUAUGUUGAGGGUUUAUCCUUAGUUAAUUCUGAUACAAGUAGUGUAUCACCUCAAGUUGUUACUAGCAAAAGAGAAACUUUGUCAAAUGAUGUGGAUGAGUUGGCUUCUUCAAGAACUAAGUUGUCUGCUAAAACACUGUGGCACUGCCGCGGUGUAAAUGAUCGUAUACGCACGUUACGCGAAAAUUGGGAUGGGUUACAGAGUGGAUCCCUGUAUUUCCCUUCUAGCAAAAAGCAUGACAGUGGUAUUGCCAAACAAAAACCGGAAACUGGUUGUGAUAAAGGUUCAUAUGAGAUAAACAAGGCCUGGAAGAUGUGGGAUAUUGCCAAGUCAGUGGUGCGCAAUCAUGAUAGUUCCAAAACACUAACUCAGGCCUCAAAACAAGCUUCAAAGAAAAUGAAUACCUGUGCAGAAGCUUGUGGUGGGCAUUUGAACUCUCGCUUGUCACAUAGGCAACAACCUGGUUUCAAUUGUAUUGGACAGGAAGUUCCUCACCGGUAUCAUCCUCUUAAUAAAAACUACCAUAUGAAUAGAUCUCAGACGUCUGGACAGCGACAAAAGCAAGAAAACGUUACUUUAAAUCGGUCUCCAAAUGUUAAAAAAGGCUUUUUAGAGAAAAUGAAUACCGACACAGAAGCUGGUGGAGGGCAUUCAAACUCUCUCUCAUUGCACAGGCAACAUCUUGGUAACAGUGGACCAGGAAGUCAUCUUCAGUAUCAUCCUCUUGAUAAAAACUACCAAAUGAAUAGAUCUCAGAUGUCUGGACAGCAACAAAAGCAAGAUACCGUUUCUUUGAAGGUGCCACCAAAUGUUCGGGAAUGUUUUUCAACUACUCACUUGGCAUUACAUUCCAAAAUGACAUCUUCUAAGGAAGAUCAUGCUUCGUUUCAACCAACUGCUUGUGAUAAAAGUGGACACAUGAAGAAGAAAGACCUACGUAGCAUAUUGCCUGGCUCGGAUUCUUCUAUGAGGUCAGCACAAACUGUUUCAAGUAUUAGUCAUGCUGAAGAGGAACUUGGUCUCUCUUCCUCAAGAAACAAGGCGAAACAUCUGAAGGAUAAAGUUGGGGCAGAAAAAUUUGACGAGAGCAGAAAAGCUAAAGAUGAAUAUGAAGCCAAGACUGAGAUUCAAUCUCUAGUCAAGCUCAAUUUGAAACUCCUAUCCAAGGAUAAAAAGCUAGAAGCCGAGAAAUUUAAAGAAAUUGCAAGGCUCUCCACUCAUUCGAUCUUAGCUGCUUGUGGUUUGGAGCAACGACGCCCUGGGAUUCCUGCAUUUCCAAACUCCAUAUGCUUCCAUGUGAAUGAAGUUUCUGAAAUUCGGAGAUCCACUUUAAUGCCCAACUCUUGUAGAGAGUGUUUCUUCUUAUUUGUAAAAGAUGUUGUCAGCAGUAUAAUGUUGGAGAGAAGGGGGUGAACCAUUUACUUUAGAAUAUGUAUAGUUUUGGUUGAGGGGUGAUUGUUGGCCUCUCAAGUGGAUGCACAUUGUAUAUUUUUGUACCUUGAAUCUUUUGUCAUUGUCUAGUAGAUAAUAAUAAUGUAAUAACAUUAACUCUUUAAAUC